AUGGUCAUUAAAGUUUUGAAUAUCAUUUAUAACCCUUUAGUGGUUUCCUUUUCCUUGGUAUGUCUUACCACCUACCUCCAAUCCACGCAAAUAUCUGAACUUUUAAGAUCAAACCUUCAGAUUACCUACCUCGACAUCAACGCCUAUCUCAAGGACAUCUUGUCCAACAUCAUCAACAUCAUCUUCCUCGUAAGGUUUACUGGUGGGCUCAGAAGGUCUAUGGUGAUAGAAAUCCCCUUUUUAAUGAUCCAAUCAAUCAUUGUGGGAUAUUUGUUCUAUAACUUCAAAUUCGGCUUCAACUACGAAUCGAGUCUUUUCAUCCUUCAGAUAGUUUGUCCAGCAUUGAUCAAUAUCAUCAAUUUCCAGGAUUUUUUGAGUAAAAUCAUUGGUUUUAAGGAGUUAUUGGCUAACUUGAACAAUAACUGUUUACCCAUAUUGUUAACUAACUCGUUUUGUUUGAUAAAUUUGGAUUUCAAACUCCUUAACUUUAACCUCCAUCAAGAUGGAAGUGAAUAUUUAUUGUUGGCUUAUCAAAUUCUCUUGAUAUCACUCAAAUUCUACUGUUUGUUCCAGUAUAUUUGGGUAGAGGUGUUGAAUAUCUUUGAGUAUGCUCAAGAAGAGAAGUUGAAUUUGAACCAUAACAACUAUUUGAUUUUGGCUUGUACGUUGAUGAUGAUAUUCGACAUGAUGUAUGUUUUCAUCAUACUUAACUUUAGAUAG